AUGCCUGAAAUUGCAGAAGUUGCACGUAUUGUCCACUUUCUGCGGCUUCAUGUUGUGGGGAAACGCAUUGUAUCCGCUUCAGCAAUAGACGAUAAGAAUGUGUUUGGCAAAGUCGGGACAAGUGGUGAAGAUGUGGAAGCUGCCCUGAAGGGAAAGAAGAUCAUAUCUGCUGGGAGUCAGGGGAAAUAUUUCUGGAUCACCCUCGAGAAGCCUCCACAUCUAGUUAUGCACUUCGGAAUGACAGGCUGGAUGCAUAUCAAAGAUGAACAGACCGCAUAUACCAACUACUAUAAGAAGAUGAAGGAGGGUGAGCACGAGCAAUGGCCACCAAGGUUCUGGAAAUUUCAGUUUAAAACAGAGGGUUCCCCUGGAGCUGAAGUCGCUUUCACAGACUCGCGCAGGUUUGGUCGUGUACGACUCAUUGACUGCCCAGGAGAUGAGAUAAGGAAACACUCACCUCUUGUCGAGAACGGCCCAGACCCAGUGGUUGACGUUGAUCGGUUCACUGAGGAAUACUUGCAUAGCAAGAUGCGAACCCGGCAUGUCCCUAUCAAAGCCCUUUUGCUGGACCAAGCAAUGAUCAGUGGCAUUGGGAAUUGGGUUGCGGACGAGACAUUGUAUCAAGCCAAACUUCACCCUGAACAGUAUUGCGACCAGUUCAGUGAUGAGCAAAUUGCCACACUAUACAAGAUGAUACGCUACGUCUGCCAAACAGCUGUCGACAAGCUAGGAGACUCGGACGAAUUCCCCAAACACUGGCUCUUCAACUAUAGAUGGGGCAAGGGGUCUAAGGAUGCUGUGACCAAGCUGCCAAAUGGCGACAAGUUGGCCUUCAUCACAGUUGGUGGACGAACGAGUUGUUACGCUCCAGGCGUACAGAAAAAGACUGGCCACACGGCUCCCGGAAUUAAAGAGGAGCCCAUGGAAAACAAGGCUGAAGUGAAAGCCCCAAAGAAAUCACGGAAGAAGUCACCAGAUGUGGAUGAAGAAACAGUUUCACCCCCGAAGAAGAAGCGCGCAAAGGUUGUCAAGGCGGAGACCAAUGGUGAUGUUAUAAAGAAAGAGGACAACGCAGAGGAAGUCAAGGCAGAUUCAAGUCGAAGGAGGUCAGCUCGCCUUAGGAAGUAG